UAAGAGCGAAUAUUAUUUUUUUCAUAUUGUUCCUUCUUCAUUAAUAAUAUUUAUUGCAAAAGAUAAAAUAAACACCAUACCAUACAACAACAAAAUGGCUUAGAUGUGGCAACAGAAUUUUAAAAUGCGAAAAGUUCUAAAACCUUUAAAAGCAACGCCAUUUAAUAUGCAUACAUGACAUAACAGCGACAUCCAACAGCAAUUAUAUGUAUGAAUGCCCAUGGAAACUCCAACUAUAAACAGCUGCAAUGGAAAAAUAACACAAAAAUAAACGUAAAACGUUAAAUUUUGCUAAAUAAAAUACAUUCCUAUAAUAAUUUAUACACUAAAACGCACACACACACACUCUCCUCCGACUUACAAAUUAGUCGCGACUCGUCCAUUUUGUACUGGUAUUUAUUACAAAACUAGUUUUUGCCAACUUAAGCUAAAAAUUCUGUUAGAUUGCAACAAAAUAUAGUAAAAUAAAAACAAUAAAAUAAGUUACAACUUUUAAAGUGACUCUAUAAUAAUACGAAUAAAGGGGUAAAAACAGAAUACAACAAAGUUAAAAAAUAUGACAACGUCACAAACAGAAAUCAACACAAAUUCAAAUAAUAAUACAACUGCCGGUUCAAGUAUUAGCAAUAAUGCAGGAGGAGGCAAUGUUGUUAACGGGGUGGAACGUAGAAACAGUGGCGGUGGUGUUGUAACUACAACUACUAAUAGCAACAAUAGUUCACAACAUAAUAUUGCAACAAUCAGUGAAGUGGGAAAACGUAAAAAACUAAAAUCACGCAAUACUGCAGCCACAACAACAGCACUACCAACAACUAUAUUACCAUCAACUAUUGGCAGUGGUAAUAGCGGCUAUUCAAAAGAUCAUUUGGAUGCUUGGCUAGAAACUUGUCUAAAGGAUGCCUCAACAGCACAAUUAUCAUCUUCAUCGGAAUUUCUCGAUUAUAAUCCCACUAAUAAUAAUAUGAUGACAGCAAAUGCUGCAACAUCUGCAGCAGCAGCUGCAGCAAUGUCUGUUAAUAAUUUGAAUCAUAAGAACUUGUUUUCAAUACCAUCAUCAUCUUCGGCGCAACAACAACAGCCUCCAGUACUUUUUAAUAUGGCCAAUUUAAAUCAACACCAACAGUCGCAACAACAACAACAACAGCAAUUUGCAAUGAGAACAAAUCCCAUGAACAAUGGUAGCAACAACAUGCCAAAUAACAAUAGUUUUAAUAAUCUUCCCUUCAGUCAAGGUUUUCAAAGAAAUAUGCCAAAUUUUAUGAAACAUUCUACAAAUUCCUUUAAUAAUCGCUAUUCCAUGAUGUUUCCACCAGUUGGUGGUGGUUAUUAUCAACAAAAUGAUGGAUCACAAGAUUUUGCCAGUUUACCACCCAUGGUCAAUAUUAUGGGAGGCAGUGGUGGUGGUACAUCUUCCGAACAUGAAAACAAUUCUACAGAUGUUUUAGAUGGCAGCAGUAGUAAUCCCAAUAUAAGUAGAGGUUUCAGAUUUAGUGAUCCUUGUUUAUUGAAUCCCUCGGAUAAUGAUUCGAAAUUAAGUGGCCAAAAUACACCAGAUCGUCGUAAUAAUUUACCCAAUGACAUGGAUCAAAAUAAUAAAUUCUUUAAUAUUUUAAUGGAACAAAUCCAGCUGUUACAUGAAACAAAUACGAAAAUAUGUCGAGAUUUACAUGAAGCUAAAGUUUGUAUUGAAGUUUUAAAGCACGCUCCCAAUUUGGGUAUGAGGCACCGUAGAGAUAGCAUAAGUGGAUUAAGUACCCAUAGCCAACCGAUGGUGUUUGGCAGUGCAUUUGGUACACAAAGUCCAGCGCCAUCAUAUCAUUCAGGUGCCUAUACACCUGGCAUGAUGACCGAUGUCGUACGUGAGGUUAAAGAUGCGGCUAGAGUAAGAGAAGAUGCUUUAUUGAAUCGUGUUAAGGCCAUGGUAGAGGAAAGACAAUGGUCCAUGAAUGAAUCAAAUUUACGUAUGAUGCGUGAUAUAGAAGAAUUAAAGUCACAAGUUCAUCAUUUACGUGUGGAUAGAAAAGAAACCAAUAAACGUCUUAAUCAUUUAGAGGCAGAAAAUAAAUAUAUGCGACAAAUGUUAGCUGCCCUUUAUAACAAUCGUAGUGUACCCGAUAUUAUCUAUGAAAAUGAAACUUUAAGAACACGUAAAUCUUUUCCCCACUCACGUCGCACACAACCGACUCCUAUGAAUCUACAUUAUGGCACUAUUCACCAUCAGCCAGCUACAUCGUCACUAGAUGAACAGGAAGAAGAACCAUUACACAUAGUGGAAACACCCUCCACCACUUCGACGGCGGAUAUAGCUUCUGUGACGGCACAACAAAGACCACCAUCAGAUAUGCGCAAUUCAUUUUCUAGUUCCGAUGGUGGCAGCAUAAAUGGUGGUAAUAUUACAAAUAAGAUUGGUCCUAUAAUGUCGCCACCAAAUUUUGCUUUAAUCUCAUCACCGGCUGAUGAAAUUAAACGAAAAAAAGAGAAAACAAUUAAGAAAUUAUCAUCAGAUGAGGCUGAUAAUAUCGAUAGUCCAGCAGUUGCCAAUAUAACACCACAAGAUUUACGAAGAGAACUUAAAGAAGCGGUGGCCGCUCGUAAAGACGCAGAUGAACGUAUUAUAGCACUUGAGAAUUUGGUAAAAACUUUGCAAGUUAAUACAUCACAUCCCCCAUCCUCCAAGGCCACUGAUAAUCGACUACAACAACAGCAACAACACCAAGAAUUAUCAAAUGGUGAUGGUGGAAAUAUUAAUAAGCUUGUGGUUGUAAGUAGUAAUAGUAAUGAUGGUGGUAUUGGUAGUGGUUCUAAGGGUGAGGGCAUUAAAAAUACUAAACGUUCCACUAUCGCUGCUACUCCAUCUGUUACUGCUAAUUCUAAAAAUAAUCAUAAAUGGACUAAACAUAGUAAUCAUCAUCAUCAACAACAACAACAGCAAAAACAUCAAUAUAGUGGCACAAAUAAUACAACUACUACAACAACAUCAACAGCAAAUUUAGCACAUAAUAAUUCGCCCGUUAAGCUAAGUGUAGCUGGACCCAUAACGGAUUUAUAGUUUAAAAAUUCCAAAAAUAAAAAUAUUAAAAAACGUAAAAAACUGACUCAAGGACGAGGAGGUAUACGAAUAUCACACUUUUAAAAAGCGAACAAUAAUAAUUACGAUAAAUGCAACGAAAAUUAGGAAUGAGUUGAAACUGUUUAAAAAGAAAACUUUAUGUUAUUUUGUUAUUAACUUUAAUUGGUAUUUGAUUAAAAAGAAAAAUCAAUGUUUAUUUAUUUUCUCUGUAAUUUGUGUUUAACUUAACUUUAUUAUUUGUUUUUUUUUUUUCUUCAAAAAUGUAACUAAUUCAGUUUAUUAUUUUCAUAUUUAUAAAACCUUACAAAAUUAUGUUUUGCAAAAAAAAGUCUUUAAAACAACUACUUUCAAAAAUACUAAUCUGUUGUAAUCUGUACUUUUUGAAAACAAGUUUAACUAAAUGUAACGUAAUCAAAACUAUUUGAAACCUAAAGCCAGUUUAUUUGUUGUGUAGUGUAGUUUAUAGUUAUCGUAUCGAAUAUUAUAAAAUUAGUAAUAGUUAUUAUAGCGUUUAUAAAAUUCUAAAUAAUAUUACUUAACAAUAAGUAAAUAAUUGUUAAAAUUAUAAAGUUCUACAAUUUUAAAAUUAAAGUUAAUAUAUAUAUCACUUUAACUACUAUAUAAAAAAAGGUUUGAACAAAUUAAAUAGAUAAUUAUUUUAUUUAAGAAGUUUCUUUCAAGUAUGUUGUCUUGAAAAACUAUAUACAUCUAGAUGUAAGAGUGAAUACUUAAAAAUGUAUUAACUAUAUUGGGUUAUGUGAAAAAAAAUAAUGUUCUAAUAUUACACAAUGUCACUAAAAUAAACUAAAAUGGUUAUUUUUCAGCAGUAAUUGAACGUCCGGUUAACUAUUAAAUUAUUUUUGAAUAAUUUAAAAAAAAAUAAUAAUAACUCUUUUUUAUAAUUGAAGCGACGUUAUGUUUUUAAAAAUAGAUAUUUGUUAAUAUUUUAUAAAACAUAGUUAUUAGAAAUGUUCAUUUACCUUACAACUAAAAGAAUACAUUAAUUUAUCAUGUAUUAAUUAUAUUUUUAAGUGCCAUUUUAUUAUAAAAAUAAAUAUUCAUCAAGAUUUUUAUUUCAAAUAAAAUAUACAAUAACUACAUA